CUAUGUAUACAGGGUUAGUUAACAAAAGUAAUCACAUCUUUGAUCUUUCCUUCCUAUAAAACAUAGACUUUCUCAAGUCCUAUGAAAUUUGCAUUACUCUCCACUUAUAGCGAUAGCUCGUAUCUGCGCCGUCAGUUUUCCGGUAAAUCUUCAAGGCAUGAAGUUCUUGUCGGAACUCGGAGCUUGUUGGGGCGGCGCUACGAUAACGCCACCGCCGCAGACGCGGACUGCCGACAACCUCCAGCAACCGGAGACGGCCGCCGGGAGUCAGAACCGCGCCGCCACGAGGCAUGAGUCACGCAGGCAGGUACGAAGCAUAAACGCAACGAACGUAGUAGCCAACUGGAAACCGGAAUUGCAUGACAUCAGCGAAGAAAAGGUGUUGUCUGAUUCUGAUUUGGAAGGGAGAAUUCACGGCGUUGCAGGUCGGACGGUUAAGAAAUCGUCGGCGAAAAUCAAACCUAGUUCUACGUCGACUAAGGUUUCAAUGCUCGGCGAGGGUUUCCGGAAAUCAUAUCGAAUUGCCAUGAAUGGUUUCGUUCCAUCGCCAUACAUGAUAUGAAUUGUAUUGGAUGCACAUCAGUAGUCUUUUGCUAUUAUAUAUUCAGCUUAUAUGUAUAUGGAUCUUUGAACACUUAACAGCCUCUCCUUUUGUGACCUUUACUUUUAUUGUAAACUGCAAUAUUUGGGAAUGAAGAGAUUGAGUUGGAGUUGACAA